UCAUGAUUGGAAUACAAGGCAAGGACAACUCUGGCAAUAUUUUCCGACGCAUUUCUGUAAUCAAGCCAAUAGCUUUAAUUCUUUCGGUGCCGUCAUAUACAGGUGUAAAGUUGUAUGAGAAUACGAAGCUGGAUAUACCAUUUUCUGUACUCAACAAGUUGUCGACAGAUCAAGAUAUUGAUGUUAGAAUUCAGGAUACCCAGGGUUUUGCUGAAGCACCGACAAUCAUUUCUUUUACGCUUAAACCUGGUGAAAACUUCACCGUAAAUUUCGUGAUCACAGGUGGAAUGUCAGGAGUAACAACAACAGUUACAAUCGCAGCUAAACCAUAUCCCGGGCGUGGACGCGUUUCACAUGGACCAUCCGAAGUGAGGCAAUUCACAGUGGAAAUGCAUAUCACCAAUAUCUCUACAUCAACAACUACAAUUGCACCAGCAGCAAUUACUUUUACAUCAGACACUUUUACAACUCCUGGAGUAACGUCGUCCAGUUCAUUCUUAUCGACUGGUGUAAAAUCAACACUUUCCUCAAUUGUUGGAAUAACAACACCCAGCUCAACAUCAUCGACUAGUGUUAAAUCAAAAUCUUCAACAAAGGUUGCAGGUACCACGUCUAGCACAGCACCUAGUUUUAAAUCAAACUAUCCUGUAAUUAAAAACUCAGCGAUAAACUGUAUUUUUCACAUUUCUACACAAAUAUAGUUAGAUUAAUGACGCAGUUUUUCGGCCUCCUGUAAUUUAUGUGUGUGUCAUUACCAGUCAUUAACAGACUCAGUAAAAACAAGUUUGCAUCUAAGUUUGUAGUCUAUGCCUUCAAAGGAUCUUCUGAUAGAUCGUUUUAGAUUUAAUAUAUCUUACCCGAUAAUACAAUCACUUAAACGUAUUCUGGGUGAAAUGUCAAGUGUGUUUUAAUCAAAAUAUUUACAAUUAUAUUAAUAAAACAAUGGUAAUGUCUAAACUUCUGAAAUGAGGAAUUCGUUUUAACUACUUGAGAAGGAAUAAUCUUGCUUCCAGAUUCCAGAUAAAAAGUUGAGAGUUUAUUAAAAUGUUUAAUCAAAAUUAAACAAUUGUAAUCUUUCGGUAUGAACAUGGAUAUUUCAAAGUAAAAACAAACUGGAACAAUUCAAGACCCAAAAGAUGUAUUAAAGGCAGAAACUAGAA